UGCAUAAUCAUGAACUGAGAUAUGAUUUUACACAUUUAUUGACACUCCCUUUAAGGGUCUACCAGCAAUAAAUAUGAUCAUAAAAACACAAUCUAUAAAAUAUAAUAUUUACAAAAGCUAAAGCCAUCGCUAAGAGAAUUUUGUGUUAGGAUGGGCAUAUCUGCAUCCAAGACAUUCAAGUUGCUGGUCCUCAUUUGAACUGAUGAAUAAACUUAAAAUGGGAUGUUUUGGGGUAUCAGUUUUCCUUGCUUUAAGCAUGAUAAUGCUGCUGCACCUCAAGCCGGUUCUGGGAUGCAAGAUUUUGGUGGCUGCUACAAGUGGAAUGUGCAGCCACAUGAUUUCGGGCAUCGAAAUCGCCAAAACUUUGUCCUCGCGAGGGAACAAGGUAUGGGUCGUCAUGAAUGAGGAGACCCAUCGCCUGUACGUGCAGGGCCGCAUGGAGAUCCCGGACCAGAUACACUUCGCGCUCUUCAAGACCUCUCUCACCGACAAAGAUGGCGACACGUUCCUCCGGCGGUACGUCUCCAAACAGUUGCGAGACGAGCGCGCCAACACGGCCCUGCAAUACCGCAUCGAAGCCGAGGAUCGUGAGAUACAAGCACGCGUGGCUGGACGGAAAGUGGACGUCUUCAAGGCGUCCAGUUUCGUCAACGAUGAUAUGCUGGGAAACACCCAACUCAUCGAGAAGCUAAAGACAGUAGGAUUCGAUAUGAUCAUCGGUGAUGUGGUGACUUUAUAUCAAGUGUUUCUUAGUCAGGUUCUUAAGGUACCGUACAUUAAUUUUGGGCUCACUUCAAUGGUACCAUCGCAGCACGACCGAUUUGCUUUUAAUCCGAUCCACCCGGCUUACGUCCCCGAGCGUCUCAGCUCUCUCACCGAUACCAUGACUUUCCAAGAGCGCAGGAAAAACACACUCCUGUACUGGAUCACCGGCUACUUCUACUACAAGUUCAUGCUGACGCCGAUGGACGAGGUCCUCCAAAAGCGGAACAUCCGCCCAGAUGCGAACUUUGGGCAGCUUCUCUCGGAGGCCGCCAUGUGGAUUUUCAACGAGGAUUUCGCGUUUGAAUUCCCCCGGCCUCUGAGUCCUCAUGUCAAGUUCGUCGGGGGUGUCCUCACGGGUCCAUCGAAACCACUGAAUGAGGAGUGGCAGUCGUUUGUUGAUAGCUCGGGCGACCACGGCAUAGUCAUUCUAGCACUGGGAACUCUCAUCAACGAUGAACUGACGGAGCAACAAGCUGAGAACAUCGCCUCCAGUCUGGCUCUACUCUCUCAGAAGGUGGCUUGGAGUUACGGCGGUAAACUACCAAAGGCUCUCGGUAACAACACCAAGGUUGUCAAAUGGCUGCCGCAAAACGACCUGCUUGGCCACCAGAAGACGCGGGCUUUUAUUUCCCACGGCGGCUUGAGCAGCCUUCAUCAGUGCAUUUACCACGCCGUACCGAUCGUGGGAAUCCCAGUCUUUGGUGACCAAACGGAUAACGUCAUUAGACUACGCGCCAAAGGGAUGGCGGUUCUUGUCGAUAUUCGUCGUCUGACUGAACGUUCAAUAUAUGACGCUGCCGUGGAAGUCAUUUAUAACAAAACGUACAAAUUAGCAGCCUUGCAUCUAUCUGGGAUUGCUCGUGACCGCGUCAUGCCGAUGACCCCACUGGAAGAGGUCGCUUACUGGGUGGAGUACGCCGUCCGACACGGCACCGAGCAUCUCAAGCCACGCUCCAUGCACCUGUCAUCCGUUCAGUACUACCUACUGGACGUAAUUGGCGUCACUGCCGCAAUGGCAGUCGCCAUAUGCUGGUGUCUUACCAAAUUGUGUUGUGGUCUAGGCAGAAAGAUGUGCCAAGCAGUGCGAAUAAACUGGAAAUAGAACUUAAAAAAUAAAUUUGAUGAAUUUUUUGGGUAUUUUUAUUUCUCAAAACCUCACUGCUCGUUUAAAUUUAUUAAAUUGGGAAUGAAUUCCACAGACGAAAAGAUGAAUUUAAAUUUUGUCAUUGAAACAGAGGACCAAUGACUUAAAAUAUCCAUGCCACACAGUGGCAUAUGGCACUAAUGACAACAUUCGGUACUGAAAUUCGACAAUAGAAUGGCUUUUUGCCUCUUACAACAUCAUAAUUAUGCUACAAUACCUUGACGCACUGUAGACAGCAUGAACUGUUUUUGCUGCGGCCCUUAACCCUCUUGGCCGCGGCAAUACAUUUUAUAGCAUCUCAUAUAAAAUCCAAGCGUGGCGCGAUUUUUGUAUGGUACCCUGACUUUGAACAGGUUAUAGUAGCCUGUGUCCCGUUUGACUGGCUCCUCCAUUACAAACUAAACUUGCUGGUAGGCAAAAUCAGUGCUGCAUGACAUGCUUUCAAACACUUUCUUUUAUUUUUGGAUGAUUGUACCAUUGAGAUUCUUGCGGGUACACAUUGUACAUAAACUAGCAGUGUUCGAAUGAUUUCUCCAUCUUAUCCACGCUAGACUGAUAUUUAUUCACUCGAGUAAUAAAAAAAGAUUUUACCCCGCGCUUACUUCAUUAGAUUCUUGCGUGUACCCAUAACCUAGGCUGAAUGAUUUCUCCAUUAUAUAAACGCUAGCAGGCCGCGGAACCAGGAUUUUCCAAAAGGGGAGGGGGCGUGAAAUGUGACGUGCAGCCGUGGUCAGGGCAAGUUGUGGCGCCUACGCCGAAGGCCGGGGGGGGGGGGCAUAAUGUCAUUGAAAGUAAUGCGAGAGCGUAGCGCGCGAAGCCCUAACGGCGAGGGGUCCGAUUUUUGGAUUCUAGAUGCUCUAUGGUGCAAUCUCAGGCAAUAUCUGACGACUUUAACCAUUUUUUGAGCAAAAGAUCAUCAUUUAAACAUCGUUUUUGAGUUGGAGUCAUAGAAUCAGCUACCCUGAAUUAUCAUAAAACUGAAGCCUACAACAUUUAUUCGGGGACGAAAAAA